GGCACAUCAUUCCUGGAACUGAGGAGAGGAACAUCCACGAUGACUUCUGUCCCCACAGCCAACUGGAACAUGAGCAUGAGCAGCAGGUGGAAUAUUAGCCUUGCUGCAGUGGAUGAUCCCUGGGAACAGGAACUGGGAGCACCAGCUGGAAGCAUUUCUCCCCCUCUGGCAUCCUCAGCAGCCAACUUCUCCAACCAGUUUGUGCAGCCCUCUUGGCGCAUUGCCCUGUGGUCUUUGGCUUACGGUGGUGUGGUGGCAGUGGCUGUUUUUGGAAAUCUCAUUGUCAUCUGGAUUAUCCUGGCUCACAAGCGCAUGAGGACAGUGACCAAUUACUUCCUGGUGAACCUGGCCUUCUCCGAUGCCUCCAUGGCUGCUUUCAAUACUCUCAUCAACUUCAUCUACGCACUGCACAGUGAGUGGUACUUUGGAGAGGCUUACUGCCGCUUCCACAAUUUCUUCCCAAUCACAGCUGUCUUCGCCAGCAUCUACUCCAUGACAGCGAUAGCUGUGGACAGAUACAUGGCCAUUAUUGAUCCCUUGAAACCUAGGCUCUCUGCAACUGCUACCAAGGUGGUCAUUGGGAGCAUAUGGACUUUGGCUUUCCUGCUGGCCUUUCCCCAGUGCCUAUACUCCAUAACCAAGGUGAUGCCUGGGAGAACUCUUUGCUAUGUAGCAUGGCCAGGUGGUCCAAAACAGCACUUUACGUAUCAUGUUAUUGUGAUUGUCCUGGUUUACUGCUUUCCACUGCUUGUCAUGGGCAUCACUUAUUCCAUAGUGGGAAUUACGCUCUGGGGAGGAGAAAUACCAGGCGACACAUCUGACAAAUAUCACGAGCAGCUCAAAGCUAAGAGAAAGGUGGUAAAAAUGAUGAUCGUGGUUGUGCUGACGUUUGCCAUCUGCUGGCUGCCAUACCACAUUUACUUCAUAGUUACUGGAAUCUACCAACAAUUAAAUCGGUGGAAAUACAUUCAGCAAAUCUAUUUGGCCAGCUUUUGGCUUGCCAUGAGCUCUACAAUGUACAAUCCCAUUAUCUACUGCUGUCUUAAUAAGAGGUUCCGAGCUGGCUUCAAAUGCGCUUUCCGUUGGUGCCCCUUCAUUGAGAUGUCCAGCUAUGAUGAGCUAGAGCUCAAAGCAGCCAGGUUUCAUCCCACUCGGCAAAGCAGCCUAUAUGCUGUGUCCAGAAUGGAGUCCAGCAUGACAGUGGUGUUCGACACCAGCGAUGGAGACAACACCCAUGCCAGCCGUAAGAAAAGAGCAGCUCCAAAAGACACGAGUUUCAAUGGCAGCUCACGGAAGAAUUCCAAGACUGUCUCCACAGCCUCAAGUCUCAACAGUUCACUGCACACAUCAGUAGAUGAUUAUUCCUGA